CAAUUUUUUGAGAGAGCCACUCAAGUUCCAAUUUAAGCAACUGAAGUCUAGUUGCAUAACGAGUGGGUAACGAGGUGCUUUUAGGGUUUAUCUCCAACUGUUUCUCCUUAAAAAAAAGCUCUUUUCGUGAGGUGCUUUUUUUUAGAGUUUGCAACCUUGGUCGUUUGCAUAUCGGGCGGAGCACUUGAAGGAGUUGGAGCUUCUUUCGCGCUCGUCGUUAUCCCCAUCCUUUGCAGCCGUCGCUGCAAACUUCCGCCCGACUUCUUCCGCACCAGUCACCACCGACUCCUUUUCUGCUUCUGCGAGGUAUCUUUGACUUCCAGCAUUUGGGCGUUUCCUUAUUAUUUGGUUAAGAUUUUGGAGGGCAGGAUGGAGGGGAAAGGGGAUAGCGUGAGGGAGGAGCGAGUGGUGGAGGCGAGAGCAAGAAAUAUCAGUCACAACGUCAGGUGCACUGAGUGUGGCAGUCAAUCCAUCGAAGACUCUCAAGCUGACAUUGCAAUUCUUCUCCGCAAGUUGAUUCGAGAUGAGAUUCGAGCGGGGAAAAGUGACAAAGAGAUCUUCAAAAAACUGGAGGACGAUUAUGGCGAGACAGUGCUUUAUGAACCAAAAUUUGAUCUUCAGACAGCGGCUUUGUGGCUAUCACCGAUCUUGUUACAGCUUAUUACUGCUGGUGCUGUUGGAGGUGUUUGGGCUUUCCAAAGACACAGGAAAAAGACCAAUGUGCACAUCAUGGCUUUGAAUCUCAUUAGGGGGGUCCCGCUAACACCUAAGGAGAGGGAGACCAUGCUUAAUAUCCUUACCCCACCCCCUUCACAACAUUCUCCCUUGUAUUGGUGGAAGAGAUUGAUUGGUCAUUGAACUCCAAGAAUAUGAUUCACAUUCUACCCUCCAGCCUGUUCAAAAUAUGUUUGCCUUUGGCUGUGUAAUUCACUAAUUUGAUGCAAUGGAGCAUAUACUCUUCUUUAAGUUGUCACCCUCUAAUGAGUAUUCAUGUUCUGUAAUUAUGCAAGGAUUACAGUUUGGAUAUGCAUUCACUUCUUGGAUAUGCGUUCUCUUCUUCACUGUCGCUAUCCUCUAGCUGAUCUAUAUACUUAAUACUCUGUAGUUGUUAUUGCCUAUUCUUUGGCCAGCUACUUUGUGCCUAUGUAAAUAAAUACUCUCUUCUUCCCAAACAGCUUACGCUUGGUUGAAAUAAAGGGUUUUGGAGAACUUAGGACCUGUUAUCUUGCCUGUAAAAAAUUGACUUGGUGCAGCCGCGCAGUCCGAAUAGUUUGUGUCCGACACUCCGGCUUGAUAUGGAUGAUAUGAUAAUGUCUUAUUUUCUUGACUGAAUUGUAAGUUUGUAACAUCCGGUUUGUACUUUGAAUUUUCGUGGUCAAGCUAGUAUGAGUGUUUCUGUUUGGUGUGAUCAAGCAAAAGGAAAAACAAGGCGAUGCGAAACUACCAUUGCCUACCUCACCAUAAAAAUGAGACAAUAAGGGGGCAUUUGUGAAGGCAUAAAGUAAUCAUUUUGCGUGCAAAGUGUAGGGAUGUAAAUAAUUUACACCGAUUGCUACGAUUAUGUAAUGUAAACUAUAGGGUACUAUUUUAAAACAUUUUACGUUAUACCAGGCAAAACACUUUACGUGG